AUGCUUAAAGCUGAUAAUGAUCGACCGUCGAACUAUAAGCUUAAUUGGGGGACACGAUGCAUUCAGAACAAAACUUGUAUGAAAGAACCGCAAAACAGUAAAGCCCUGUAUGAAAGUGUAGACGCAGCGUUGCUAAAUAAACCUCAGUACAGCGCUCUUCUUCAGCUUUACGAAGACUUCUCUCCAGAGGUAUGUAUAAAUGAAAUGAUAAAUAUUGAUAGACGAAAUCAUAUCAAUAACGUUAUCGAUAGCUUCACAGCUACAGAAGUCUAUAAGAUAGCCUACAGAUAUCUACAAGAUAAAGGGAAAGCUGGAGAUGUACCUGCAUUUAAAGAACUCUUAAAGAAUUUUUGGUUUGGUUUAUACAGUCGUUGUAAAAGUAGUUCAGUAACAGGAAGUUCUGGCUUUGAACAUGUUUUCAUUGGUGAGUGGAGAGAUAGCAUAGUUGAUGGCUUACACUCCUGGUUUCGAUACUAUAAUCUCGAAAAAGAUGGUGCAAUCAAAUAUUACGGUUUCCAUAGUCACAAUGAGGAUAAUUUUGCCUCGAUAAAAUAUAAAUGGAAUAACUAUAUGAAGCAAAUUGGUAGCUUUUUUCUCAAAACUUCUCCAGCGUUUGAUUUCUCACUUUUUACGGUGUGCGCAUUGACAAGGCCUGGAAAUAACGCUUGUAAUUUUAAAAUGGACGGGCAUAACAUCACGAUAGUCACUCUAGUCCAAGACGGACGAAAUGGUCAAGUGCUAGCCACUGCAUAUCCGAGGAGUGAAGCUACUAAUUUAGCUACUAGUUUUGUAAUUGAUUGGUUUCUUAUACUAACACUGGCAGCAUUAUCUCGGAAUGUGCUGGCUAAAUACUGA